CCCGGAGCUUGCUAUGGGAGGGAGCGCUUGCCUGGCUUCCGGUUUCUAUGUGAAAUUGACACACAAUGAGGAGUCGGGGACGACCUCGCCGAAAGCCGCUGUAAAUAAACAGAACGAUCGCGGAAAGCGGAGAGCCAUGGAGAAUCAGUGCACGGUCCAGGUGAAGUUGGAGCUGGGUCACCGUGCCCAGCUGCGGAAGAAGGCCACGUCGGAGGGCUUCACCCACGACUGGAUGGUGUUCGUUCGAGGCCCAGAGAUGGGCGACAUCCAGCACUUUGUGGACAAGGUCAUCUUUAGGCUGCAUGACAGCUUCCCCAAGCCGAAGAGGGUCUGUAAGGAGCCGCCUUACAAAGUGGAGGAGUCGGGGUACGCUGGUUUCCUCAUGCCUAUCGAGGUCUAUUUCAAAAACCGGGAGGAGCCCAAGCGGGUGUGUUUCAACUAUGACCUGUUCCUCAACCUGGAGGGUAACCCCCCCGUCAACCACCUGCGCUGCGAGAAGCUCACCUUCAACAACCCCACCCGCGAGUUCCGGCGCAAGCUGGUCAAGGCUGGGGGCGUGAUAGUGGUUCCAGAGGGGGCGGAGUCAGUGUCCCGGCCCAGCCCCGACUACCCCAUGCUACCCACAAUCCCCCUCUCGGCCUUCUCCGACCCCAAAAAAUCUAAGCCCUCCCAUGGGUCAAAGGACCCCAGCAAGGAGGCCGGCGGGGGCAGCAGUAAAGCCCCCAAGCUUUACAAACCUGCCAAGGAGCAGCGGGAGAGAGCCAGCAAGGCGCCAUCGAAGGGGGAGGGUGAACGGGAUCGGGACCCGCGAUGGGGCAGCGGGAAACCCACCCGCGACCCGUCUUAUUCUUCAUCAUCUUCAUCCUCUUCAAAGAAGCCCUCAGAAGUCAAAGUGGCCCCCAAGGAGGACGGCAAAGUGGCCCCCAAGGCGGCUUUCAAGGAGCCCAAGCUAACGCUGAAGGAGGUCAAGAUGGAGAGCCUGUCCCCAAAGCCCGGGGGCCCCCCGGAGCCCAAGCCGCCGGGCAAGCGCCCCCCCGCCGUGGAGUCGCCCAAGCCCAGCGUGAAGAAGCAGAAGAAGAGCAGCUCCGAGGGGCCCAAGACGGCCCCCAGCUCCUCCCCUCGCAUCUCCACCGCCACCUCCUCCUCGUCCUCCUUGUCGUCCUCCGCUCCAGCUGCCGCCACAGCGCCCUCCUCCUACCCAGAAAAGAAAACGUCCAAGGAGAAGAGUCGCUGGGUCAAGGUAAAGGCGGAGACGCCCAGCCUGAAGGAGUCCAAGAAGUCUCCAGAUUCGGACGAGUCCAACUCCGAGGAUGAGGCCUCCUCCAAGUCAGAGUCCCCCCCCUCCAGCCCUUCCAGCUCCAGUUCCAGCUCCAGCUCCAGCUCCGACUCGGACUUCGAGCCGUCGCAGAAGCAGGGCCAAGGUCCCCUGCGGUCCAUGGUGGAGGACCUCCGGUCGGAGGAGUCCGAUGAGGAAGACACCAGCUCUGAGGAGGAGGUGCCAGUGAAGACCAAUCCGCCGAACCGCGACUCUCGACUGAGCUUGGAGAGCGAGAGUGACAGCAGUGAGGAAUCGCACCCCCCAAGCCGUGGGCCCCCACCUCCCCCGCCCUCGAAACACGGCUCCUCCAACAACAAGGUAACUGGGAGGAAGAGUCCAGACACAUGCAGCAGACCAGAGAAGAUGCUGAAGAAGGAAUACGACAAGGCUUACACCGAGGAGUUGGUGGACCUCCAUCGCAGGCUGAUGGCGUUGCGAGAGAGGAGUGUCCUACAGCAGAUCGUCAAUCUCAUCGAAGAGACGGGACACUUCAACGUCACCAACACCACCUUUGACUUUGACCUGUUCUCACUGGACGAAUCGACUGUCCGUAAACUUCAGAGUUACCUGGAGGCCACUGCCACAUGACAGGAAGUUCCUCCCCAGGGACGACACCUCCUCCUCCAUUUCUGAUCUGGGAACUCGACGUAGCACUGGUUAAAAUUGGGGAGGGAGACAGAUGGAGGGAGGAACACUGAAGACAGGAAGAUGGGAAGGACAGAAUGAAGAGAGAAAUUCCAUACUGAGCUGUAACGAUAAGGCCAGCCUCUGAUAGCCAUUUUGGAGGGGCUUGCUGUUUUUAGCUUGACCAGCAGGGGGCGUAUCAUGAGCAUACCACUAAAUGAGGCUGUGCGCGUGGUACACAAGGGACCUCUUAUGUUGCUCUUCCUUAGGUCUCACAGCACCUCCAGCUGACCUUCCAGGUUAAUCUGCAAUUACUGUGGGAGUGUGUGUGUGUGUGUGUGUGUGUGUGUGUGUGGUGUGUGUGUGUGUGUGUGUGUGUGUGUGUGUGUGUGUGUGUUACUGAGGGUCAGUGACUAGAUCUGAAGUGACAUUCUGGUGCAGGUGGACCUGCGAUUAUGCCUCUCUGACAUCUGUCUCCGUCUGCUCUGCUCCGCCCUGGUGGACAAUACGAGAACGUCUUCUCUCGCCAGAUGUUGUCUGCCCUGAUCACUCUGUGAGGAGGGUGGGGGUGGGGGGGGUGAGGUAGCCCAUAUUUCCCGCCCCCACCCUGGAGCUGAGGAAGCCAUAAGAUGCAGUUGCGGUUGCUGAAUCACGACUGUGCGGCGCACUGUGCCCCCACCC